GCAAACGGGGGCUGUAAUUAUGGGCGCAGAGCAGUACUAUCAAAAGCGACGCAGCCUAAAUCGAGAGAGCCGGUCCAGGUCCAGGACCUGGACGACCAUUUCCAAGGCUCUCGAAAGAUCAUCGUGGAAACGGGCCACGAAUGCAGGAACAGAGGGACAAUCGACGGCGGGCGCCAGACGACGACGCCAGACGAGGGUAGCCGGGUUUACGGCCGGUGGCUGGUAAGGGCUGCACGUGUGGGAUGUGGGGGUGCAUGUCUUGACAGGUGGAGAGAGUGUGCUGGGUUUGGGUACAAGGUAAGAGCUCUUACGGUGCAGUGCAACAAAGCAAAGUUGGAGAACUAGAUGGGUAACGACGGAGGAACGAUACCAUCCCGAACGGAGAUACUCAGCUUCUCUCUGAAGAAGCUGAAGGGCUCGGGGGCAGACGCAGGGCCCGGUGGUGGAGGGGCGACGCUAGAGAGAGAGUGGGUGCUGUCGCAGAUGCUCAACACGUACAGGUACUGUCGGUUGUCGAAAGAGGUGCUAGCGGCACCGGUGGUGUCUGACAGCAGCGGGUACUUGUACAACAAGGAGAAGGUGCUGCAGUACUUACUGGACAGAAAGAAGGACGGAGGCAUUGGUCGAGAUGUGCCGACGAUUGGGUCGCUGAACGACGUCGUGCAGUUGGACAUCAAGUUGCAGGGGAACCGGCUCACGUGUCCGCUGUCGGGCACCACACUGGACAUCGACCAUGACGGCGAUUUGAAGCUGUCCGACGUGCAGUUCUGCUACAUCGUGCCGUGCGGGUGCACGGUGAACUCGAACAUUCUCCGGGAGCUAGUCGAGGACUCCGAGCAAGACGCCGCAGACCGCAAAGGAGCCGGGGCGGAGGCGGUGAAGACGUGUCCCGUGUGCUUUACGCCGUUCACCCUGUCUAACAUAAUCGACAUCAACCCGCAGGACACAGCUGGCCAGAAACGGCUCCAGCUUCGAAUAGACAAGCUCAAGACCGACGGUCUCUACCACAAUUUGAAACCACGCAAAACGAAGAAGAAGCGGAAGAGAAGCGCCGAAGCCGCUGCCGACGGCCAGCAGCCGAUAGGCAAGGCCGAUGGUGCCAAGGCCAAGGACGGCAAGAGGCAAAAAACGCAGGUUUAAGGUGGUAUUGGAUUGUGGAUUAAGCGGUGUAUCAUGUGGUGGACUAUAUUAGUGCAGUAGACGAGUUAUAUACAGAAUAGAAGUAAAUAAAGAUAAAACACAAGAUACCU